UCACACUCCCCACGAUUAACGUAACUGCCGUUCCCCGGACCGGCGCGCGGUCACUCGGAGUCGGCGACGGUUCGAGGCGGCAGCGAGAGGCGGGGGCAGCGCCGCAGCGUGAACCACGGGCAACGCCGCGGCGGACACGACGCACGACACACGCUAAGCAAGGGGGAGAGGCGGCGAGAGACAGCCGGCAGUGCACAGGGGAGGAGGAGGAGGAGAAGGGGAAGAAGAAGGAGGAGAGGGCGGCGCGCGGCCAUGGCGAGGAGCGGCCCCGUGCGCGGGUUCGUGGUAGCGCUGCGAGGAGCGCGGCCUCCUCCUCCGACGACGGCGUCGGCGUCGGCUGCGCGCGGGAGGUCGCGCGUCUCCACCAGCGAUGGCAGCAGCCACAGGUAUCUGAGUUCAUGCGGGAUCCUGAUGACCAAGAGCCUUGGAACAUUCAGCAGGCUGCACCCUCACCAAUCCAGCAUGCAGUACCGCUCCUUUAUGAAUCUCACCUCCCCGUUUGCCAACAAGAGGAAGGAGUACUCUGAGCGGAGAAUACUCGGGUACUCAAUGCAGGAGAUGUACGGCGUGGUGGCCAAUGUGGAAGACUACAAGACAUUUGUGCCAUGGGUGAAGAAAUCGCUCGUGGUGUUCCAGCGUUCAAGCCAUAUCAAGGCGCAGCUGGAGGUUGGCUUCCCGCCGAUGAUAGAGCGAUACACGUCCAGCGUGACGCUCGUGGAGCCCCACCUCGUCAAGGCCAUAUGCACAGAUGGACGAAUUUUUAACCACCUGGAGACGGUGUGGCGAUUCAGCCCGGGCAUCCCAGGCAUCCAGCGCAGCUGCACCCUCGACUUUUCUACCUCCUUCGAGUUCCGAUCACUGCUGCAUUCGCAGCUGGCGGGCAUGUUCUUCGACGAGGUCGUGAAGCAGAUGGUCGGCGCCUUUGAGCGACGUGUGUGCAAGCUGCACGGCGUUGAGACGCCCAUACCCCGCGAGUACAUGGUCCACGAGGUGCACCACACGUGAGGGCCCCCCUCCUCUCGCCCCCCCCUCCCCUUCCCCCUCCCCCCCGCCUCUCUCCCACCGUGCUCACUGCAACCAGACCCCAAGCAUUCUCGCAGAACAAGGUCGCACCCAACCACUCCCCGACGCCUGUGUGACGACAGCAGGGAACAGUGGCUGAGGGUACCGAGUGAGUGAGCUUGGUGUGGCGGGGGGGGGGGCGCCCUGUGUGCCGCGUGUCCGCAUCUUGAGUGCCAUGCUGGAGUGGCGGGUGGCGGGAGGAGGUGGGGUGGCACCUUUAUGAUGUAUCCUAUGUCAGACGUAAUUAAAACUCGCAUAUAUUAUUUAUGGUUUUGAAAGACUUAAUUUUCAUAUGUAUGGAAAAUGAGCACCUUGUUCGUUAGAGAAUAUAUUCUUGGUUGUUUUUUUUUAUGAAUCCUUUGGGCCGUCCUCUGACAUGAGUGUGCACGAGGAGUCAUGCCGAGUGGCUGGCCAAUCUGCAGAUGUAACCGCCCCUGGCUUGCACUUUGACCUGCAGAUGCACUCAGCACCUUUACCACUUUGUUCUAUUACAGUGUAUAAUUUCUAUGGACUGCCACCUUUGGGGAACUGAAAACAAAAAUACAGCCUUAUAAAAUAUAAUUUCAAGGUGACUGAGCCUACAUUUGCAUUUCAUUAUUUUUUUUAAGGGUCCAACGUGCACAAAUCACGAUGUUUGCAGGUCUAACAAGUGCAUCUCUUGUCGUUAAAGCAUCUCCAUGUUCAGGGAACUAUAGACGAGAGAUUUGAUGCAGCAAUAAUGUUGAAUGAGAUGUUGAAGAUAUAAAUGUGGACAUAAACCGUUUGAUGGUACUAGCUUUAUGGAAUCUGCUUCAAGGGGCAUUUGCAGAAGUAGUUGCUUCAGGACAUCAGCUUAAUGAAUACACUGUUAAUAUGUACAAGCAUAGGUGAACUGGUUCAUAUUGAGACCACAAAAACAGAUGUAAAUAGAUGGGGAAGGCCUGGGAGUACAAAAGUGAGGUGCAUGUAGAACUUGUUGAUUCACCUUAUUCAUAUUUCACAGUGCAUUGACUCCUGUUUUUUGAGGGGGUCACCUUUAAUGUUGUAGUGGGUGUGGUGUUGUGCACAAUCAAGGUGUACGCUGCAAUAUCGUGUAAAGCUGUCAUGAAAAAAGCCCCUGAGCUGCAUCUGUAAUGCCACCGUGUGUUAGAAAUGUUGGAUUUCAACAGAAAAGUAAUCUUGGCAUCAAGACUGACAUUGUCCACACCAAAAAUGGACCUGAUCAUACUCGGUUACAUAUUGUUUAUUUAGAAUUGUAAGGCCUCCAAUAUUUAUCAUUUAUGUUGCUAGCCAUGAAAAAAAAACCUUCUUAAAGUGUUACAAAAUGUUUCAUGAUAAAAUCACACAGGAAACAUCCCUGUACAAUUUAUGCUCCGUUUAGUAUCGACAUUGCAGUGGUGAAAGAGCAACUUAAGUUGGCGGUUGCAUACACACACAUUUCCCUACCCACAUUGGAAUAUAGUAGUGGGUUUCCAUAAGGAACAAGAUAUCGGCACGUGCGCAGGAGAAAUGUCGCCCGGUUUAAAAAAAGCUACCUCAAUCGUGGUGGUUGAAUGAAUGGGAGUGCUGAACGGCAGGGGGGCUUGGAUUUGGAAGCGUCAUCGUAAUGGGACCCAUGGAAAGACCGUUCUGCAACGACCGAUUGUAAGGUCCUGUUCAGAGCUGGUUUUACAGAGCGUGGCAAAACAAUCUUGCCUGAAGUUAUCAGCUGAUCAAACCAGCGAUUACCUCUCACAUAAAAUGUCUUGUAGUUUUGAGAAGCAUCUGAUAAAGGUGACAUAAUAUCCUGUUCUGAAACUUGUUCAAUCACUUCAGUUGACCUUUCGAAUGAAUGAGCAUGUAAUUAGAGGGUAGAUUCAUUGAAACAAUUGCCAACAUGUCUGUUUACCGGCCGACGAGCAUAUUCCAAACCACAUUGUUAUGCUGCUAUUGCUCGACAGCAAAGCAAUGGGUUUGCUGGCAAUCGCUCUGUAGAAAUCUGUGAACAGGCCUGGGUGCCGAGUGGUUUUUAUAAUUGCACCUUUCAUUGCUGAUGCUUGAACAUGUGUACAAUAGUGGUUUAUCAUUCUCCGCCUUACCCGUUGGAGUCUGGGAAGUAAACUGUGCCUUCUGUAAAGCAAUGCAAGCUGUGAAGAUUUGAACUGCAGUUCUAACCAGCCAUUUUGCGCUGACUUUUUUUUGUUGCAUUGAAUGUAUAAGUUAUAACCACAGGUGGUGAAUGCCAUUCUCAUAGCUGCCACCUGUUCCAAUUUUUGACAAUUCUGUUUUGUGGGUGUAUUAAUUGAAACUCAUCCUUGUUUGUUACUUGCUGUACAUCAGAGCAAAUCAAGACAAAAGUGGAUUUUAAAUACAAAAAUAUCCUGUUCUGUUAACUUCGUCAAAUGUAGUCUAACGCACCAUAAGCAUUUAGUUUUACUAUAUUUGCUUAUGUUGCUUCCCUUUGAUCGCCCACCUGAAUAUUGACUCAGUUUUUGCCCAAAUUCUGAAAGAUCUGAGAAAAUGCCUCUUUUAUUUGACUUAAAUUGCCAGCUGUUCAUUGUUGGUAUUGCUGGGUUUCCAUCUGUUUCACUGUUGGACACAGUAGGAACUUGGAAAAUAGUUUGUGGGAAUGGCAGGUGCAAGCAGAGAAAAACAUUUUCACCUGGCCUGCUCACUGAAAACAUCAAGCAAGGGAUUUCAAUUGUAAUUUUCACAAACUGUUAAGCCAAUUUAAAUAUCAAAACCUACAUUAGUUGUGCACACAAUUGUCACAGUUUUAUUUCAACUAAAAUAUAUAAACGCUAGACAACUGAAUUUCCUUCUUGAUGAGUAUAUAAACCUGUUAAGUCACGUGGCAACAAAAGGAAUAAUCGUCGUUGAUGUCCUCAUGGAAAUCUUAAUUAUAACUCUUCCACUGGCUCCUUUAAACUUUUUGAGUGCAUACGUUGCUGGAGUGGACUUACCACUGCCUUGGUCCAGAGUGCAGAGCUCUUUCAAAGAGUUAGUUAAAACUGUUGCAUUCUAUACUGUGUAUUAAUGUAUACAUGUGGUGUUUUGCAUCCCAUGAUAAACCCCGUUAAUGUAAGCUGACUGGCAAGUGCUUAAAGAACAUCAGUGCUGUGCAUGGAGCUGGCCAGAAAAUAUCCGUGCUCAUGGUAACGUAAUGUGGAUGGGGGAAUAUUGUGAUGUCCUUAAUAGAAAAGUAGCACAAUUACUGAAUGUCAUUUGGUAAGUACCAUGAAGCAUCCUUAAAAUAAACUGAAUGGAGUGGAAUGGGAGUUAUUCAGUACAAAUACAUAUUUGCAUUUAUCGUUACGUGAAAACGUCCGUGGCUUAGUUUAAGCAGAAGUUCUGCUUGGAAAGUGUUAAACAUGGGUUGACUCAACAAUAUCGUAAUAUAUUCUUUUUGGUCCCUAAUGCAGCUGACUAUGGUUGUCAGCUGUGAUCCCAUCAUUGCUUGCUUGUCUCCGUGUGGUAAAUUGGCCUGUUAUGUUCACUCCAAUUCUCUCAAUUUCUCAUGACUUCCUGCAGAGUGCUUCCAUGUUCGCCAAUCAAAUUUGUCCAGUGCCUAAUAGCAAACAGCCUUAUCAGUUGAUGUCUUGCAUUUAACUGUUGCCAGACUCGAAAACGUUUAACCAUUGUGAUAACCUUGUCAGCUGCACAUAUCUGCCACUUAUCACAUUUUCAUAGACUUUGUUAUCAGUCUGCUUGCAUUGUGCUUGCACAUGAGUAGACCUUAACAGCAAGCUCUGCACUCGGUAGGAUGAGGACAACAGAGACUGCUUUCUUGGUAUGUGCAAUCAUCGUGAACGCAAAUUAUCCAUUGUCAUCUCUCCCAAGUCGCAGAAACCAUUUGGUGCUUGGAGUUGAUUUGUCCAUUGGUUAUCUAUGCUGCAACACUGCAUGGCCAAACUGCUGACUGAUCAGAUGGCUCCUUAUUUAACAGAGCAUUCUGAGCCAUGAUUACUUAAUUGAAACCCACCCUUCAGAAUCUAACCACACAGCAUCCAAUAGCUCCAGUGUUUGAGGAGUGGAAAUGGUUGCUUGUAUGCUGUUUUCUUUCAGCACACGAUGGGUAUGUACCAUAUCAAUUGGAUGGAUAGCUAAUCACUGCAUUUUACCGAUUUUGCCUUGCACAUUAUAAAAGAGUGAAGUUUGAAGUAUUUUUCCCAUCUAAAAUACUGAUUUGCCUCCCAAGUACAAAUUUUAAACGUUAUUUAAAGUUUGCCCGGGUUGUCUUCCACAGCAUGAACUUGUGUACAGACCAUUGUAAAUCUAGCAACCAACAUCAUCGAUGGAGCAUUGCUAAUCUCCAGUGUUGGUACAGAACGUCAUAAUCACCAACUGGACAUUUGCCACAAAUUGCUAUCUGGAGCGAUUUAAUGGCAAAUUUUUAUUUUGGGAAGCUGCCCAGCUAACUUAUGAUAUAUGUAUUCAUGCUGCAAUCCAAGAAAACCCCAGCAUUGUAAAGAACUAUGCAUCGGUGAGUUGUGAGACUGAAAAGCAAAGAGGGUUUUUUUGUUAUUAUCACGUUGCCUCCACCUGUACAACAGUGCUCAAACUGACAUCAUCACUUGGGCUCUGCCUUUAUUCAGUCAAGGUGCUGCUCUGAAAUACUCGAACCGCGUGCCCGCUACAUAAAGUGCAUUAUAACGUUGGCAGCAUUUUGACAAAGACAUGUGGAGCACAAAUGUGUUUGGUGGUGUUGUGUACUCCAAGGAUACUGCAUAUAAUAAAGAAUUAAAGCUUUCGUGACUGCAUAAAUUACUCAUUGGUUUUUUCGGUAAAGUCACGUAUCUAUGUAGAAAUACCAUAAAAUUAUAUUAAAAUUAAAUAAAUUGGCCCGUUAUUUUAAUAUAAUUGUAUGGUAUUUCUACAUACGUGACUUUACUGAUAGUGCAUAUAGUUCAGUUAGCUGGACGUACAUGUUAGCACGCAUAGUCAAAAUGCAACUUUUCGGUCAACCACUAAGUGUUAACUAUCCUUUGCACCCUUAUGGAGUGUUUGGUAGAUGAUUGAUAUUCACCAUGAAUUUUACGUCUCGUGUGUUUUUCUGUAAUUUGGAUUCGCAUGCCCAGUUACCUGGGCCCUGCAGGUGCCGGUUUAUUGAGAAUGGGGAUCAAGGGAAACUGUUGUGUGCAUGCUGCCUUGUACAUUCAGAACAUAUAUUGUAACGAAAAAAAAGUGUAUUGUAUAACGGAUGUAAUAAAAUUUAAUGUUCUCAA